AUGAACGACACAAGCAUGCCCAUCCGGGUGUCUCCGGUAGUAGGAAGGAAUCUCCUCGGCAUGGUGAUGCCUAUGCUUCUCUGCUUCUCCUUGGGUUUUGUCGUGGGCAUCACCUGCAACGCCAAGUUCCCAAAUUUCUACCUCCCUUUCGUGCCGCCAUUGCCCUCUGCGAGGAUGUGGUCACCAUCACCACCUCCAUUGUUGCCGCCGCCUGCGCCGUCGCCACCACCACCUCCGGCCCUACAGCCGCCGCCGCCUCCGUCGCCACCUCCACCUACACCUUCGACGACAUCAGUACAAAGCCCUAAGGUGGCGGAACUGAUGAUUGGCUCUCUUAGCAGUGUCAAGAGCAACAACAUGACCGACGAGGAGCUGCUCUGGUGGGCGUCCAUGUCGCCCAAGGUCCGCGCCACGACGUACCACCGCGUGCCAAAGGUUGCCUUCUUGUUCCUGGCAAGGGGUGACCUGCCGCUGCGGCCAUUGUGGGAGAAGUUCUUCGAGGGGGACCACGGCCUCUACUCCAUCUACGUGCACGCGGAUCCGUCCUACACCAGCUCGCCGCCGGAGGACUCCGUGUUCUACGAUCGCAUGAUCCCAAGCCAGAAAACGUCCUGGGGAGACGUGACCCUGGUGGACGCGGCGCGCCGGCUGGUGGCGAACGCUCUGCUGGACCUGGGCAACCAGCGGUUCGCGCUGCUCUCGGAGUCGUGCAUCCCCCUCUACAACUUCACCACCGUGUACGCGCUGCUCACCGGCUCCAACACCAGCUUCGUGGACAGCUUCGUCAACCACGACAGCGAGGUGCGGUACAACCCUUUCUUCGGCCAGCGCGCCGCCGGUGGCAACAUCACGCUCGCGCAGUGGCGCAAGGGCGCGCAGUGGUUCGAGAUGGACCGGGCGCUCGCGCUCGAGCUCGUCUCCGACGACACCUACUUCCCGGCGUUCCACGAGUACUGCGCGCGCAACAGGUACUGCUUCGCGGAGGAGCACUACCUGCCGACGCUGGUGAGCGUGCUCCGGUGGACGCGCAACGUCAACCGGACGCUCACGUACGCGGACUGGAGGCGAGGCGGCUCUCACCCGCGCAAGCACGGGGCUGGCGACGCCACGGAGGCGCUGAUCAGGGAGAUCAGAGCGGGCGGCGCCGGCGGCGGAGGCAAAAACUGCACCGGAUACAGUGACGGAGCGAGCGGCGUCUGCUACUUGUUCGCGCGCAAGUUCGCGCCGGACACGCUCGAGCCGUUGCUCCGCUUGGCACCAAAGGUUAUGGGGUUUGGGUGA